AUGAUUGCUCAGAAACUUCCCCAAGACUAUGAAGAGAAGUUGAUCAAAUUUCAGCGCUAUGUCAUGGCUAAACGGAAGGAGCAUGACUUUGAUCUUAAAUACAUUGGUAAUGCAGACCAGACACCACUUACGGUCAACAGAAAUCUCAGAUUACAAUUGAAGAAGACUCGAAAGCUGCGAGGCCAUGUGAGUCACGGUCAUGGUCGCGUCGGAAAGCACAGAAAACAUCCUGGUGGUCGUGGUAAUGCUGGAGGACAGCAUCAUCACAGGAUCAACUUUGAUAAAUACCAUCCAGGCUACUUUGGUAAAGUAGGCAUGCGAUAUUUUCACAAGACAAUGAACAAGUACCAUAGACCAAGUGUUAACCUGGACAAGCUGUGGUCCCUUGUCAGUGAGCAGACUAGGCAGUACUACAAGGACAAGACAGAUGGCCCAGCACCAGUUAUCGACGUCGUUAGAGCUGUAAGUGUGUCAAAGAAAUUUUCAUAUUCUGCUCAUGAUAUCUGUGGUGUGUUUGCAGGAAAGCACAGAAAACAUCCUGGUGGUCGUGGUAAUGCUGGAGGACAGCAUCAUCACAGGAUCAACUUUGAUAAAUACCAUCCAGGCUACUUUGGUAAAGUAGGCAUGCGAUAUUUUCACAAGACAAUGAACAAGUACCAUAGACCAAGUGUUAACCUGGACAAGCUGUGGUCCCUUGUCAGUGAGCAGACUAGGCAGUACUACAAGGACAAGACAGAUGGCCCAGCACCAGUUAUCGACGUCGUUAGAGCUGGUUACUACAAGGUGCUUGGUAAAGGUCUUCUCCCUAAACAACCUGUGAUUGUGAAGGCUAAGUUUUUUAGUCGUAGAGCAGAGGAAAAAAUCAAGGAAGUUGGAGGGGCAUGUGUCCUGGUGGCGUAAACAAUGUUGCAACUGUACAAAAUAAUAAAAGUUGAAAGAAAAA